GGAGCCACUAGAUGGCUCUGGCUCUGGGAGGCAAAGCUCGUGUUUUUCUCUCUCUCAAUCUCUUCAGCACUUCCUGGUUGUGCAGCUCAUGUCCUAUUCCCCAGUCCCCAUUGUGCCUCCUUUCUCCCUCCACGCAGCUCUACGCCCUGGGGCCAUGGGGGCCUGGGAACCCUCUCUGAGCAUCCCCUGGUGCCUGGGAGAGUGCAUCAGCCAGCGGGUGCUGGGACUCAGGACUCCUGGGUUCUGUCCCCGGCUCUGGCAGGGGAGUGGGGUCUGGGGGAGGAUUCCUGAUUCCCAUGGAAGCACCCUGCAUCCCAGAUCUCCAAAGCUCUGAGGACAUGGAUGGGCCACAAGGCAUCCAUAGAGGUGCUGAGAUGCUGCACAGGGACGAGGAGGGGAGUCUGUGGCAGGAUGAAGCAUUUUCGGGCGAGGCGUCUGAGGGCCAGCCCAAGGCCGAGGCUCAGCCAGAUGGAACACAGGGUGAAGGGAGCGCGGAGCGGAAGACAUGCCCUGAGUGCGGGAAAAGUUUUGUCUGGAGCUCACACCUGGCGCAGCACCGGCGCACGCACACCGGGGAGCGGCCGUUCCAGUGCGGUGAGUGUGGCAAGAGCUUCAGCCGCAGCUCCAACCUAGUGAAGCACCAGGGCACCCACACCGGCGAACGCCCCUACCGCUGCCCAGACUGCGGCCGCGGUUUCACUGACUCUUCCAACCUGGCCGCUCACCUGCGCGGCCAUGCCGGCCACAAGCCCCACCGCUGCCCCCAGUGCGGGAAAGGCUUUGCCCGGCGCUCCCACAUCGCCACGCACAGGCGCAUCCACACCGGUGAGCGCCCCUUCCCCUGCCCCGACUGUGGCAAGGCCUUCACCCAGCGCUCUGACCUGGUGGCCCACCGCCGCACCCACACUGGGGAGCGCCCCUACCAGUGCACUGUGUGCGGCAAGUGCUUUGGCAUGAGUUCCACCCUGACGGUGCACUGGCGCACCCACACUGGUGAGAAGCCCUACCGCUGCCACCAAUGCGGCAAAGGGUUCACCCAGAACUCGGGCUUCCUCAUCCACCAGCGGCUCCACGCUGGAGACAAGCCCUACAAGUGUGGACAGUGCGGCAAGGCCUUCAGCGUCAGCUCUGAUCUCCUGGCCCACCGGAGGGGCCAUGACACUGGGGCUGCAGCCCACAAGUGCCCUGACUGUGGGGCUGGCUUCAGUGCCAGCUCCGAACUCCUGAACCACCAGAGCAGUGCCCAUGGGGAGAAGAUGCCACACCGGUGCGCAGCUUGCGGGAAAGCCUUCCAGCUCCGUGCUGCCCUCGGCAGGCACCAGAGGACUCACAGCCAGCAGAGAUUGCACAGCUGCUGCCAGUGUGGGAAAAGCUUCCUGCACAGUUCGGCCCUCAGCGCCCAUCUGAGGACCCACACAGGGGAGAAGCCUUUCAAAUGCACCCAGUGCGGGAAGGACUUCCGCCAGAGUUCAGCCCUGAUCAGACACCAGAGGACUCACACGGGCUAGGGACUGGCCACGGCUUACGCUUGGGGGUCCGGGGCCGGUUUGGAGAUCAAGCGGAGCAGAGGACAGGGGUCAGAUUGGGGUGGGUGCUGGGAAGCUGGGGAUGGGCUCUGGAGGGAGGGACCUAGCACCUAGAUGGAGAACUUGGGGGUGGGGCUGGGGACUAGGAUGGGAAGGAGCUGGGUGCGGGGGCAGGAGGGUGAAGUGAAGUAAAGCGUGGAGUCUGCUUGGCAUCCCCAGAGAGUAUCACACACAUCAGGGCAAAGCUUGGAAGUGGCACAAAAGUGAGUGGGUGGGGAAUAACAAUGGGGGCAGAGCUGGCUCAUGGAUUGCACCCCCACGCUCAGGAUCUAAUUUUUUGCCAUAUUUGGGGUCAGGAGGGAAUUUCUCCCUGGGUCAGAUUGGCAGAAACCCUGGGUGUUUUUCUCCUUCCUCUGCAGCAUGGGGCAUAAGUCACUUGUAGGUUUGAACUAGAGUAAAUGGUGGAUUCCCUGUAACUUGAAGUCUUUAAAUCGUAAUUUGAGAACUUCAGUAACUCAGCCAGGGGUUACGGGCCUGUUAUGCAAGUGGGUGGGGGCGGUUCUGUGGGGGCGGUUCUGCAAUGUGGAGGAGGUCAGACUAAAUGAUCAUGAUGGUCCCUUGUGGCCUUAAAGUGUAUGAGCAAUCGGGGUCAGCUGAGAUCAUUCGAACAGGGUGCUUUUUAAAACAGCCAAAUGCAAGGUCAUCUUUCUAGGACCAAGGAAUGCAGGCCAGACCUGCAGCAUGGGGAUUGUACCCUGGAAACAAGAGGCCCUGAAAAGGAUGUAGGCAAGUCCACUCUGCAGUGCAUGGUUAAGAGGAUAACUUGCUCCUGGGCUGUGUGAGCAGGGAAAUACAGAGUCAGAGUGGAGAAGGCGUGUUACUGCUGCAUGCAGCAUUGGGGAGACGGUUCCUGGAUCCUGGGUCCUGGGUCCACACUUCAAAAGACAGCUCAUUUUCAGUGACAGGAAAUGCCCUUUGCCAUGCCCUGUGGAACUCAUUGCCACCUGGUGUUUCUGAGUCCAAGAACCAAACAUGUCUCAGGGAAGGGAUUGGGGGACAGAUGGAAAGAGGGCGCUUCACACCAGCAGAGGAGCUGCGCUUCGGCAUCCAGGUGGGAAGCGAGAACGUUCAUAGUUAUCCAUCAUCACUAAUUACUCCUGGCCCCGACCAGGAGCAAACCAGCUCCUCCCACAACUGCCCACUGCAGGCCUCACGCCCCUCCCUCUGAAUGGGCUGCUCCUGGGCACUGGUCCAACUAGAUGGGCCCCUGGGCUGAUCCAGGGUUGAUGUUGCCCCCAUAGAUUGUGAGCUCUUGGGAGCAGGCACUUUCUCAUUGUUCUGUGUUCGUGCGGUGCCCAGCACAAUGGGCACCUGGCCUAUAGGCCCCACAUAACUCAAAUAAACAAUAACAACCCAGCCUGGCGAUGCCGGGGGGACUGCAGUAAAAGACUGCAGCUAUUGGGGAAGGCAGAGUUUGGGAGGAGCUGUCUGUCUGUC